GGUCCAUAUACACAGGAGGCAUAAUUUUUGUUCUUCUUUUUAAAAAAACCGCCUCCGGUUAACAACUACAACGGAAACGAUGGAUUUUGGGAGCUCCGACGUUAGCUUAUGGAAAAACUCCCUCUCUGCAUACCCAGCCCGAAUUCAAUCUCUCAACAAAACAAACCUCGUUUCUCUUGACGAUUUUUACAGAAUCGAACUCCCUUCUCUCAUUCACCAACGAAACCCUGACCCACACAUCACCACUCCCGAGCUCUCCAAGCUCAUGCAAUGGAAACUCUCCCGUGGCAAAUGGAGACCGCGUUUGCUGGAUUUUGUGUCGUCCUUGGACGAAUCGCACGUGAAAUCGGCUUCUCAAAAGGCAUUUGAAUCGCUUCCUGAUGUAUCCAAAGCUGUGUCUGCGCUUACGGUUUUAAAAGGUGUUGGUCCGGCAACCGCCUCUGCCGUUUUGGCUGCUUAUGCGCCUGAUGUAGCACCUUUCAUGUCUGAUGAGGCCAUGGAGGCAGUUCUUGGUAACUCUAAAGAUUACACACUGAAGCAGUAUCUAUUGUUUGUUGAUAAAUUGCAGACAAAAUCCAAGGAAUUAAGUUCAGUGAGGGACAUUUUUACACCAUCAGACAUAGAAAGGGCCCUGUGGAGUUCUGCUGUAGGGGCCAAGUUGCUAGCUUUGCAAUCAGAUCCAGACUCCAAGAAGGCUAACACGGCCAGAGACAUCAAGAGAAAGAGAAAACGUUGAUCUAGGGACGUGCCCCUUGCACCAAUGCUUGUGGUAAUGAUCGAUCAGUGCCUGCUAAUCUCACAUCACUAAUUUUCAGCGCUCUGUGUUGGUUGAAGAGUUGCAAGGUCAGAACUUACAGGACAGCAUUUUGUGCUCAAAUCACUUCACUGGUACACUUAAUAUGGCCAAUGCAUGUAAUAUUAGGUUGGGAGAUUCGAUCUUAGGCGAGGCAGUUAGCUCUUUCAUUUAUUAUGGAAAGUUGAAGCACUCGCUAAUCUUAUGGGACCUUGUGUUGUGUAUUAUUAUUUCUCCAAUGCCAUCAAAAAAGGGUCCCUAAUCUGUUUGCUAGCUUUGCAGCAGCUA